AUGGUGCUAGUAGGCUACUCUGAUUCUGAAGGCUCAGAUGCUGAGCCAGAUACUACACCCGCACCCCAGAUCACCAAGCCGAAGAAGUUCGACUCGAAACCUAAGUUGGUUGAUCCCAACAACUCGCGCAAGAUCCGUAUCGCGAUUCCAGAAAUCAAACCCGAACACCCAUCCGGCGAAGACACUGAAGAUGGUCCGCGCAAAAAGGCUCGGCUAGGUGGAGGAGGCUUUUCAGGAUUCAACUCUUUCCUUCCAGCACCGAAACGAACAGCUGAGAAAAAGGCACCAGUGGCGACAACACGAAAAGCGUUUAGUCUCAAAACAGGAGCAGGCCCUGGAUUUGAUCGCUCAGCUGAUGCCGAGAUGAGGAAUGAUUAUGCAUUUGAAAAUAUAGCGGGAGAUGCGGAGACCACUUCUGCACCUAGCAGCUCAAAAACCGACAUAUCAACUACACCAGCGGAGACAAUGAAAGAUCCGGUGGAGGUCAAGUUGCAAGGAAAUCCGAUGAUGUUCAGACCGUUAUCCGUCGGACGACCUCAAAAGAAGAAAAAGACCACCAAGAUUGCUGAACAACCAACACCUUCACCAGCAGCGCCAAAGCCUACCCAGCCUCUACAGCAAGCCCCUCCACCUGCAUCUGCGCCUGCACCUGCACCUGCACCUGCGCCACCGAAACCCAAAGUCAGUCUCUUCUCUCUAUCAUCGGAGGAGGCCACUUCUCAGCCAGGCCCGGCACCUGGACCUUCAACCUACCAGCCGCUGGUGUACAACGCCGAAGGCGAAGAAGCACUAGCAGCUGGUCCAGCACUCGCCGAGCCUACACAAAUUCCCAUCGACCAUUCCACAACCACAGUAUCAACCAAUCCUACGUCAUCCUUGGAUAGCAUCGCCAACGAUUUGAACUUGUCCAAGGCCGAAAGACGCCAACUCUUCGGUCGGAACGCCAAUGUCACCUCAUCGCAGUCACAGGUGCGUACCUUCAACACAGACGAAGAGUACGCGUCGAACAAGGUCCUGGCGGAAGGCGAGCUCGCCGGAGCACAGCACCAACCCGUGCGCGCUAUUGCGCCAGGCAAACAUACCCUUCAGCAAUUGCUCAAUGUUGCAAGUUCACAGAAGGAGGCACUGGAGGAGAGCUUUGCAACGGGUCGGAGGAACAAGAAGGAAGCAGGAUCCAAGUACGGAUGGUAA